GUAAACAGUGUUGAAUUGAAGUAUUUAUGUGAAUAGCGUGGGCGAACUUGAGUAUAUAUUUUUUUUCUUCGUCAUAGAUAGAACAACGCAUAAAACGAUUUGUUAUAAAAAGGUGACGCGCUUAUCACCGGGAGUUCCAACCUCAAAGUUGUAAAGCAGCACUGCAUAUCCGAGAAUCAGAACAAAAUGGGCAAAAUGGACAAAUGUUUGGCUGUAGUGAAGGACAAUCUACUUGUUGUGACGACACUUUUGGGAGUAGCUGUGGGAUUUGCGAUAGGUUUCGGUGUUCGAGCAACGAAUCCCACAGAAGAUGAAUUGAUGUGGCUAGGGAUGAUCGGCGAACUCUAUCUCCGGAUGUUGAAAAUGAUGAUUGUUCCUUUGAUUAUUGCGUCUGUCAUCGCAGGGACAGCCACAAUGGACCCGAAAUCUAACGGAAAAAUCAGUAUGGUGUGUAUUGCCUACCUAAUCUUUACCAACUUUCUCGGAGCUCUGACUGGCUGCAUCAUGGCCGUCAUCAUCAGACCAGGUGUUGGUCUAUCCAAUUCGGGAUCAAAUAGGCAGUUAGACACAGUUCCCAUGGAGACGCAAGACAUAUUUGCAGACCUGUUGAGGAAUCUGUUUCCAGAUAAUUUGAUACAAGCGACCUUUCAACAGACUCAGACAAAGUACAAUAUUGAAACUGUCCUUAAAAAUAUGACGAUGAACGGAACGGUUAUCCCUAGACAGUUUAAAGAGAUAAGCGGCAAAUACAUCGGUUCUGCAGGUUCCUCAAACAUUCUCGGUCUUAUUGUCGGCAGUAUGCUGUUUGGUGUAGCUACUGGAGCAGUGCGAGAAGCCGGUAUGCCGUUUGGCGCUUUCUUCACCUCCGCUACUGACGUCAUCAUGCAAAUAUUAAAAUGGAUUAUACGAUCGACACCUUUUGGAGUGGCCAGUUUAAUUGCUAAAACAAUAGCGGGAACCGACAACAUUCAGGAGGACUUCCGCCGACUUGGUGUGUACGCGGCCACAGUCAUAGUGUCUCUCUUGAUUGUUAGUCUCCUCCUGGUUCCCAUUGCUUACAGCCUUCUCACCAGGAAGCAGCCAUUCUCUUUCCUGUUCAGCAUAGUCAACGUUAUGAUGAUAGGAUUCGCCACUUCCAGUUCAGCAAUAUCCAUUCCGGAAUCACUGAAGGCUCUUGAGGAUGUUAACAGAAUAGAUAGACGCGUUACUAGAUUUGUGGUGCCACUUUCCGCCACACUGGGACGUUGUGGAAGCAGCAUUUACAUUGCGGCGACAUGUGUGUUUCUCAUGCAGCUUACCGAGACAGAUACGGACGCUGGCAAAAUUAUACUAGUGUGCGUAUUGACAACGUGCUCGUCUCUGGCUAUUCCGUCUGUAACUGGGGCUAGUCUGGUCACUGUAAUCAUCUUGCUGACUGCUCUGGGUUUACCAGCAGAGACGGCCACCCUACUUUUUACGCUUGAAUGGCUUUUGGAUCGUUUGCGUACUCUAACCAACUUGAUUGUCCAGGCUCUCGGGUCAGUGGGAACGUACAGAGCAUGUCGGUCAGCCCUUCCUUACCAACCACGACCUAGCGUGACCCUUAGUGACGGAUACCAAGGACCACUUUCGCGCCAACACUCCGGUGUUACCGCUUCUGGUUUGCCAAAAGAAGUACCUGAUGAAAUGAAAUUUGGUACUGAAAAUAACGCUUAUAAUGAGAUAACAACGAAGAUUUGAAUUUCUGCAAUGAAAAGAGAAAUACUAUUUUAUGUUAUUAUGCAUAUAUUGAUUCAUUUUGUAUACAAUUAUGAUUAUGAAUAUAUCCUUUUUAACACACAGGUAGACAUCCAGAUAUUAUCCUCUUAUAAACGAUAUAGAAGUAUUUUUGAUUACUUAGAUGACGUAAAACGAUUGAAUGAGAUCUUCGCCUAUGUUUUUUUUACAACUUAUACAACCAUUUUUAUAAUCGUUGCAUGUUAUUUAACAAUCGAUAUUGUAAACAAACCAUUAACGUAAAGUAGCAUUUUCAUUUUGUACGAAAAGACCAGCAACUGUUUUUAUUGUUGCGUUUGCGAAACGGGCCUGUAAUAGCUUAAUCUUUUAUUAGCAUUUUUCUACUUGUAAGUGGUAUAAUUUUAUGUAGGUGAAAUGAUGGAUAUUUUCCUUUACGGAACAAUAUGCACAAAAUCGAGUUAUUCCAGCAAACACGCUAUAUAAUGGUUUCCUUUAGAUGAAAAAUGCAUAUAAGUGGCGGCUUUGAGAACACCCUUCAACUAUAACCAAGUUAAUAUAUUGCUAUCUAUAUAAGUAAUACCUGGCGGCUAGGAGAAUACCCUUCAACUAUAACCAAGUUAAUAUAUUGCUAUCUAUAUAAGUAAUACCUGGCGGCUAGGAGAACACCCUUCAACUAUAACUAAGUUAAUAUAUUGCUAUCUAUAUAAGUAAGUCAUGGCGGCUUUGAGAACACCCUUCAACAAUAACCUAGUUAAUAUAUUGCUAUCUAUAUAAGUAAUUCAUGGCGGCUUUGAGAACACCCUUCAACAAUAACCUAGUUAAUAUAUUGCUAUGUAUUACCAUAUGACGAUUCAUAUGACAAAAGGCAUAGAAUUUGACAUAAACAUUAUAAUGUUCCAUUUCUUUAAAACAAUUUUUCUUAAGUUACAUUUCAACUAGUUUUUCAAGGUAAAACGUUGCAAAUCAUUAUCGUGAUCUUUGUUACAUAUUGCCAUUGUUAUAUAUGACGUCCAUCUCGAAUUUUGUUGAAAUCCUGAGUUAUUAUCUACAAAAAUAAAUAUGAAGGACUAAUUCCAACAUAUGGGUAUGCGAUUUUCUAACAAACGUCGGUGUUGACAAUACAUAUAAUGUUGUAUGGGGGUCUAGAAUGCUUUUUAACAUGAUGAUUAGAUAAUGAAGAUGACGCAUAUUUAAGUGAUCCAUACCUCCUAUAUAGUUGAAUAGUUUGGAAAUAUUUUCAACAUGAAAUUUUUGGUAAGUAGUGGAUAUAUCUUACUCAAAUUGUAAAUUGAGCGAUUUAGUUAAAGAUAUAUACGUUUUUGUGUAAAUAUCUUGACAUAGCAGUUCUUUAUUUUGCAUUUAUCAAUAAAAUGUUAUACAAAUACA